AUGCACUCCGUGCCGGCAGCCGCUGCUGCGGCCGGCACAGCCUACACCGGGAAAUGGCUCUUCGACUACAAUCGGGCGAACUUCCAGUACGAUGUGCCACAGAGGUUUGGACGUUACAUGACGUCCCGUGGGAUGCUGAACACUCAAGUUGGUCAGUAUCGACAAGAUGUCCAUGGCAUUGCUGAACUGACCUCCUCCAAGAUGGACACAGUCCAAGCGAUGAUGACGCUGACACUCUGCGUUUGUGCUGCUCUCUCAGAUGCUGGACGCAUUGGCAUGCAUGGUUGUGCACCUCCGCAAUGGCUGUGUGCUCUAUACUCAGGCCACAUCUACACAUCCAUUCUCCUUUGUGGAACGGCACUUUGGCUUGGCAUGCACGGCUCGCUGCGUGCACAGGUGGCUGCAACCUCGUUGCUAACGCGAAAGGUCCGAUUGCCAAUUCCUUCGAUGGCCCAGUUAGAUGCUGCGCGAUCCUUUGGUUCAGCCUUUGAGCAGCAGAAACUCGGAGAUCAGUUUCGCGUGCCCUUCAUGCGCCACCCUGAAGACGCACCUGACCUUCCGCCCGCUUCCUCGGGAGAGUCCGAGGAAGAUGAGAAGAAGAAAGAAGGCAAAGAAGGCAAAGAAGGCAAAAAGAGCAAGAAGAAGAGCUCCAAGGUGGCAGCCCCUGACCCGCGAACUGAAUUCAGCAGCACUGCCCGCGAUACUGUGCCAUCCUGGAUUCGAGAUGAACAGGUGGUUGACAAGGACCAGGGAUUCAGCAAAGUGCUCCCGACUCGUGAUGAAUUUGAACCACAUGAGACUCCAGACCACUUCAAGAUGCUCCUGGCAGCCCAGGAGGAAUGGUGGCAGUACGAUGUCUACGCCAGGGUCCUGAUGCUCUAUGGAUCUGUCCAGUUUCUUUACGCGGUAUGCUACUAUUGCAUUGGUACCACCACCGCUGAGCUUCGUGGCUUCUGGAUUUCCUGGUCAAUGCCCAUGCUGUUUAUGGCUGCCCAGGUCUUGAUCAUGCGGCUGGACAUUGUUCGCACCUCUGGCAAUCACAUGUUGCCCAAUGCUGAAUGGAUUGGACACCUGGCCCCCUACUUCGCAGUGACCGCAACAACCUUGGAAUAUCGCUAUUUGUAUUCCCCCACCACCGUAAUCCUCACCUGGGUCUUUGUUUUCUUGGCCUACUUCGGACAUUUUGUGAUGGCCCUCCGAUUCUUGGAUCUGGCCUGGCCAGACUGGAAUCGUCAGACCGAUAUGCCAGAUGAAGCAGGAAAGCCCUGGUGGCCAUCCACAUGGAAGGUGCCAUCAGCGUUCCGCAAUGCCUUGUGGCUGCUGGCGCCGCCAAAGAAACUUGAGCCUGGACAACAUGAUCUCCUGCACGAAGCGGAGGGACUGGCAAGUUCCGGUGGUGGAGUUGAGCUUCGGCGUCGGAAGGGGGACAAAAAGCAGAAGGGAAAGAUGAAGGAGGUAGGUGAAGGCCUAGGUGCAGAAGUGGACCCAGAAGAAGCUUCGGGCGAGGCUGAAGGCGCCUUUACUGGACGAUCCCCGUUCAAAGCCUUUGCGGAAGCGCGGUCUCCGGACCUUCCCUGGCAACUUGCCAGAAUUGCCAUUUGCACAGUGGCCUUUGGUUGGGUGUACAUGGCCAUUUGUCUCUUCGUCGAGAUGAGCAUUGGCCAAGACGCGGUGAUGAAACCACCUGGUGAGCCACCAUGGAUUCGCGAUCAGAAGAUGGUCAAUAUUUGGAAGCCCAAGGCGUGGCACUUGAGCAACGAAAAACUGCCAGGUGACUACCGCCUGGAGUCCUCGACGAUGGCCAAGUACGAGGAAGAUGAACACUCAGUUGGUGGUUACAGAGCGGAUGACAUUCACUCUGUGGGUGUCGGUUUCUCUGGCGUGCAGUCAGAUGACAAACAUAGCGGACACGGCGGACACUCCGAUUCCGGCGGACAUUCCGGCGGCUCCGGGGGGUCCCAUGACUCGCAUUCCGCUGACUCUCAUGCAGCCGAAUCUCAUGCGGGUGGCUCUCAUGCAGCCGAAUCUCAUGCGGGUGGCUCUCAUGCAGCCGAAUCUCAUGCGGGUGGCUCUCAUGAAGAAGGCGGACAUCGACGCUUGCAAGGUUCAGAUGGUCAACUUUUGCGUGAUUUGCUGAAAGCUGCUGAUGGCAUUGACUGGUUGCAAGACUCACUUGCGCAGCUUGAGGCUCACGCCGCGCCAUUGUACGACCUGGCCCCUGCACCGGCGGCACCUCCUUUUAUGGCACCCACCGCGCCCAAGGCUAAGAAGGUGUCUUGGCCGUCAUUGUUUGAACCACAGCAUCUUCUUUGCAGGGGCGCUGAGCUCAUUGCUUUGACGCCCCGUGGAUAUGGCGCGCACGUUUCAGAGCUUGCGGAUGAGGAGGUGGAAGCCAAAGCCUUCGCCAUUCAGGGCUUGGAAGCGUUCCAUGCCAUUGCUGGUGGACAUUGGGAGAAGGGCCUGCAACUCAUCACCAAGGCCGGACAACUCCUUGAGUGUCCCGGGACAGGUCCUGAACAAGGACGAUGGCAUUGCAAGUCGUCCUCAAUGAAGCUUCCACUCCCAGAGGGAACGCAAUUGCAUGCGGCAGCGAUCACUGAACAUGCGGAGGAGUCUUCUCCCAGCCGCACGGUGGCUUUGCUCUUUGAGAACCUGCCGCAGAUCAUUUCCCUUUUCAAAGAGGGCCCCUCUGGUUGGACCUCAGCUGGAGAGGUGCACCUGCCAGAGGCGGGGACGAGCUUGUCAUUCUUCGGUGAGGAGCUCCUUGCCCUUCUUAGCAACGGUUCCGUGAUGCGUCGCCAUGUCCGUGAAGGCAGCAACAAGUGGCAUGCAGCUCCACCAGCAGCACAACUUCCCAGAGAGCAUCACGCAGCAUGCGCAAAGGAUGUGGGUGGUCUCCUCCGACUCGCUCUUCGACAGGCCGCACCAAAGGUUGAGGCUUGGAUGGCUGAGUUGACCAGUGAGUGA